AUUAUAUAUAUUUUGAAUAAUAAUAAUAAUAAUAUAACGCUACGCACACGCCACGGCCACUCGCGCGUUCGUCGUUCGCGCCGACGACACGCGGUGAUUUGAUCGCCGCCGCCGCUGCCUCCAUUCCGCCGCCAGACACGAUAAUUAAUUUUUCUGGUUAAAAAUUAAUAAAUUAAUAUCGUCAUAAUUAUUCUGUGCGUAAUAUACUGAUAAUAUACCUAUUAUAUUAUUAUUCACAUGUUUUGCGCGUUCGCCCGUCGAUCGUCGUGUUUGUCAUAAUAUAAUAUUAUAUACGUUUGCCAUCAUCCACAUUCGUAAAUAGGUACCGUUCGCGUCGUAACGGGUUCGUAUUAUUAUAAUACUAUUAAUUAAACGAUAAUAUUCGGUUUUUGGACAUCCGAUCACCCCCCUCACCCGCACACCCCCUUCAGUACCCCUCCAGUUACUUCACCGCCGUGUGUCGUACACGUUACGUGGAAUAUUAUAAUAAUAUGUCUCGUUAAAAUGUUGCACAGAUCCCAAUGACCAUGGAGAAUUGCGCGGCACUAAUCGUUCAGGACCAGAAGUACUGUUACUUCCGGAAAGCAGUGCACUUUUGGGCGCAACAGGCUCUUCUGCCAGCUGUUGUGGCCGUGGGCGUGGUGGGUAACAUGCUGUCCGUGGUCGUGCUCACCAGAGAACCGAUGAAGAGCUCCACUAGCACGUAUCUGACUGCCCUGGCUGUAUCCGACUUGUUCUAUUUGCUGUUUGUGUUUACCAUAUCCUUCGAGAACUAUCCUUGGAUCGUCGAGGCCGACUACUACAUUUAUUGGAAAUGGUACCCUUACGGACUGUGGCUUACCGACGCUGCUAGUAACACGUCGGUGCUGUUGACGGUGUCGUUCACCGUCGAACGGUACAUAGCGGUGUGCCACCCUCUGCGCGGCCGCGUGCUGUGCACCGAGUCCAGGGCCAAGCGCGUCAUCCUGAUGGUGGCGCUGUUCUGCAUCGCGUGCACGGCCACCACGCCGCACGAGUGGCACAUAGCCAUCAACGCGGCCACCGGCAAGUUCCAGAAGAGCAGCACGGAACUGGGACGGAACGACAUCUACAAGAAGGCGUACAACUGGUUCUGCAUCGUCACGUUCAUAUGCGUACCGCUGCUGGUGCUGGCCGUGCUCAACUGGUUCCUGAUCAACGCGGUCAACCAGAGCCGCCGGAACAGGACGCGGCUCACGUGCCAGGGGAACGUGGUGUGGAACAGGCAACGGCAGGAGAACAAAAUGACCAUGACGCUGAUCGCCGUGGUGAUCAUGUUCUGCGUGUGCCAGACGCCCACGGCCGUGAUGAUGCUGACGGCGUCCGUGUACGAGCCGCCCGAGAAGACGCCCGCGUACUACGUGAACCGCGGCCUGCACACCAUAUUCAACUUCCUGAUGGUGGUGAACGCCGCGUCCAACUUCAUGCUGUACUGCGCCAUGAGCCGCAAGUACCGGCGCACGCUCAUGAUCACGUUCAUGCCGUUCCUGGCGGCCCGGCACGCGCGCAACGCCACGCUCCGGUCGUCGGUCAGCUACCCGCGGUCCGGCACCAUGGUCCGGCGCAACACGGAGGUCACGCAAAUGACCGACAUAAUCGGCGCCGCGGCCGCCGGCAAACGAGAACCGCUCAUCCGGGCCGGCACCAACCACGGCCGGCACGCCGCCGCCGCCAACAACAAGCAGCAGCAGCAGCAGCAGCAGCAGCAGCUGACCGCCACGGCCGUUCUCUAAGCGCGCCGCGGCCGUAUGGAGCCGGGUUCGCCGCUCGUCGCGGGGUCAGCAGUCGUGUCGUGUGGUUUUCGUCGUGUUCCCGGCGAUCGGCAGUGGUGA